AUGGCUCAGAAAGCUGCUAAGUCCUUAGCCACUCGCAAUGGCGCUAUUCUCACGCGCACUCACAUUAUCUCCGCUGCAUUGCACUUGCUCUUCCUCCUGCUGCACUUCGCCUUCCAGCGCCCUCGCUCCCUGAAGCCUUACUUCUUUUUGGCAGUUCCAACUCUUGCCAUUGAAUACUACCUGGACCGCAUGGGCCGACCCCGAUAUAAUGAAGAUGGCUCUCUCCGUUCUGCCGGUGAGGAUCUCAACGCCACCGGUCUGACGGAAUACAUGUGGGAUGUCCUUUAUUGGACACAGGGUUGUAUCGUUGCUGCCUGUCUCUUCAAUGACCGCGCUUGGUGGCUGUGGACCGUCAUCCCACUGUAUUCCGUCUAUGCCGCUUAUUCCGCUGUCAUGGGCGUCAAGAAGGGAUUCGCCGGAAUGGGUGGUGGUGCUGGCGAGGAAGUUGAUGCCCCAAAGAGCAAGACACAGAUGAAGAAAGAAAAACGGGGCUCUUCCAUGAAGUAUAGGUGA